CACGGCGCUGGAGAGAGGGAGAGGAGGCGAUGUGAGGAAGCUGCAAUAAACACACAGGGCGUCUGCGCCUGUCUAAGUAGGACAAUAAAGUGAAAACGGCAUCAAUGCUCUAACAAUGGAUUUGUCAUAUACCCUCCUCCUAAAAGUUUUCCUCUUCGUGCACUUGCUAAACUACACCCAAGGACACUAUAGAAAUCCCCUGAACAAGUACAUCCGCCACUAUGAAGGCCUGUCCUACAACACAGAGCUUGUGCACAGCAAGCAUCAGAGAGUCAAGAGGGCACUCUCCCAUGAAGACAAAUACCUGCAGUUAGAUUUCCAUGCCCAUGGAAGGCAUUUUAAUUUACGAAUGAAGAGAGAUACUGCCUUGUUUGCCCCAGAUUUGAAGGUAGAUGUUUCAGGAGAAGAAAUUCCAUAUGAUACCUCUCACAUCUACACCGGAGAAAUCUUUGGUGAGAAAGGUACAUUGACUCAUGGCUCCAUUGUGGAUGGUAAAUUUGAGGGCUUCAUUCAGAGCUACCAUGGCACUUACUACGUAGAGCCUGCUGAGAGGUACCUUGAGGGCAAGGAUGUGCCCUUCCACUCUGUCAUCUACCAUGAAGACGACAUACACUACCCGCACAAAUAUGGCCCAGAGGGAGGCUGUGCCGAUAGCUCUGUGUUCGAAAUGAAGAAAUACCAAGCCUCUGCCAUGGGGGAGCCCCUUAAGGAAGUUCAUGUUGAGUCGGACGCUGAGCUGCUGAGGAAGAAGAGGAUGGCCCAGGCUGAGAAAAACACCUGUCAGCUUUUUAUUCAGACCGACCACCUCUUCUUCAAGUAUUACAAGACUAGAGAAGCUGUCAUAGCGCAGAUCUCCAGUCAUGUCAAGGCCAUCGAUGCCAUCUAUCAGGGCACAGACUUCAUGGGCAUUCGUAACAUCAGUUUUAUGGUGAAAAGGAUCCGGAUAAACACCACCAAUGAUGAGAGAGACAGGACCAACCCAUUCCGCUUUGCCAACAUUGGGGUGGAGAAGUUUUUGGAGCUGAACUCUGAGCAGAACCACGACGACUACUGCUUGGCUUAUGUUUUCACUGACAGAGAUUUUGACGAUGGGGUGUUGGGUUUGGCCUGGGUGGGAGCCCCCUCAGGGAGCUCUGGGGGCAUCUGUGAAAAAAGCAAGCUGUACUCAGAUGGAAAAAAGAAAUCUCUCAACACUGGUAUAAUCACUGUACAGAACUAUGCCUCCCACGUACCUCCGAAAGUCUCCCAUAUCACUUUCGCACAUGAAGUAGGGCACAACUUUGGCUCCCCGCAUGACUCUGGAUCUGAGUGCACACCCGGGGAAUCCAAAAGCCAAGACAAGAAGGAGAAGGGCAAUUAUAUCAUGUAUGCGAGAGCUACAUCGGGAGACAAGCUCAACAACAAUAAGUUCUCCCUCUGCAGCGUUCGCAACAUCAGCCAGGUGCUGGACAAAAAGAGGAACAACUGUUUUGUUGAGUCGGGCCAGCCCAUCUGUGGCAAUGGUAUGGUGGAGCCUGGUGAGGAGUGUGAUUGUGGCUACAGUGAUCAGUGCAGGGACCAGUGCUGCUAUGAUGCCAACCAGCCUGACAAUAAGAAGUGCAAAUUAAAGCCCAACAAAGUCUGCAGCCCCAGCCAGGGUCCUUGUUGUACAUCUGAUUGCACUUACAAGGGUCGUAAUGAGAAGUGCAGAGAAGAGUCGGAGUGCGCUCACCAGGGCAUGUGUAACGGAGUCAGUGCCCAGUGCCCCACAUCGGAGCCCAAGGCCAACUUCACCGCCUGCCACGGAGAAACUCAAGUCUGCCUCAACGGGGGCUGCUCCGGCUCCAUCUGUGAGAAGUACGGGCUCGAGGCGUGUACCUGUGCCAGCCAAGAUGGCAAGGAUGAGACUGAGCUCUGCCACGUGUGCUGCAUGGAGAAGAUGAAUCCCAAGUGCAGCAGCACAGGAUCAUAGCGUCUGGCUCGUUUCUUCAAUAAAAAAGUCACCACGCUGCCAGCUGGCUCGCCUUGCAAUGACUUUAAGGGCUACUGCGACGUGUUCAUGAAGUGCCGACUGGUGGACGCAGAUGGGCCUCUUGCCAGACUAAAGAAAGCCAUCUUUAACCCUGAGCUGUAUGAGAACAUUGCAGAGUGGAUUGUGGCUCACUGGUGGGCAGUGCUGUUGAUGGGUAUCGCUCUCAUCAUGCUGAUGGCUGGUUUCAUUAAGAUCUGUAGUGUCCAUACACCGAGCAGCAACCCCAACCUUCCCCCUCCAAAACCACUUCCAGGUACUUUGAAGAGACGACGAGCGCAGCAGCACGCCAGCUCUCAGGUGCAGCACCAGUCCCAGCACCCGCACGGCCACAGCGGACACGGGGGCCACGGCGGCCAGCGGCAGGCACAGAGGCAGCCUCAGCGGCAGGCACAGCCCCAGAGGCACCACCGUCAGCCCAGAGAGAACUAUCAGAUGGGCCAGAUGAGACGCUGAGACCCUGCACCCAGCCCCCUGCUCCCCCCCAAUGCCUUGGCUCCUCCUUGUGCCUACAGAGGGAAACAAAAGCGUCACUCCAUCCAAAGAAACGCCUGACAUGGUUGUUAGUCAUCGUCAUAUCCUCCAACUACAGACAAAAUAAGACACGUGAAAAAGAGAAAACACUAUUCAGCAACUCUAUUGGCUCUGUUGGAGUGGACUUGACCAUCAGCCAUUUCCAUGCAGUGCGAUCUAGCAUCUUUUUCCAUCUUUUUUUCUUUUUUUUUUUAAGGAGUGCCAAGGAGUUAAGGAAUCAUUUGUAGCUUAGUACAUUUUGUGUGUGUGUUUGUUUUGUUUUUUUUUCUUUUCUAUUGCAACGUCUUCUUGAGUGGCAAGCUCGUGGCUGCUGUAAAUGUGCUUUUCUUUUUUUUUUUUUUUUCCUCGUCUUCUUUUCUUUUCACCAUUUUAGCCGGGAAUGAGAGACACUCCAGUGGGGAUUUGCGGCACUUUUGUGAUUUAACCAUGUCAAACGGCAAAAGACACAGGCUCCGGUCUCUCGUGCAGACAGUCUCUGCAUGUGAUUGUAAAUAUUUAGUGUAUCAUAAGUGAAAACAAACUAUUUCUUCUACUGGUAAAUGUGUAAUUCUUCACUUUUUUUUCUUUAAUUUUUCGGUAGUGCUCUCAGGAUUCUUAACACAUAAAUGAAGGAAUGACGGUUGUGAUGAGUUCCUUGGACGCUGCCGUUGAGGAUUUGAUGCCAUCGAGUUCUCUUCGCAGUCCAAUCAGGUGGAUCUCUCUCACUUUCAUCACUAGGUUUUGAUUUUUUUUUGAACAGCAUGGUCGCCAUAUCUCACAUUUUAGGCCCUGUCUGUUCAAGGUCCCUUUGUUCCAUCAAUUUUUUUUGUUUUUUUUAUUGUCUUGCUAACAUCAUGUUUUCCCCAUGUUUGUAUGACAAACUAGAUGAGGUCAGAAACCGAAGGAAGGAUCGCCUAGUUUGCUACAACUGUUUACUGUCUUUACCGAUUUUUGUUUUGAUAAUGAAGAAUGAAUAACCACUAACUGAAGCUGAUGUUGAUCCUGCCUGUUCAGAUAUGAAGAUGAGGGAAAGUGAAGGCUGCUGUGGCUUAGUGUGAAGUGAGAGUGUAUCAUGUUGCAGAGUUAGUUUACAUGAGUGUGGAAAUAAAUUUUUAAAAUGACUAAAAAAAAAAAGAGAGAUGAAUCAUUCUAUUAUUCUUCAAAUAGCGAAUCUAAGAGCUUUUCAGUGUGGGCAUGCAGAACAUUUACUAAAUGUGACUAUUAAUGACCAAGGUUUGUAAUGUUUUUAUUUCGCUCAACACUAUUUACUUUGAACAGCUGGAGCAAGCAGUGUAACGCAGCAGUUGCUGUCACAUUUAUUCACUCACGCAUCCCUCAGUGUGGUCACUGCUUCCACAGGAAACAAGCUUCGGGGCAGAUCUCACCCAAGGACUGAAUCCCUUAAGAGCUCAUGAGUGCAGGCCUCAGUCUGAGUUUACAUGAGCGUGCCGUAAAACUUUUACAGAGCUGUGCACAGGCUUUAGAAAAUCCAGGAAGCACCUGCAAAGUCUUCACUUUAAAAGAAUGAGAGGAAGGCUGUAUGUUUUUUUGGGGGGAGUGGGGGCUUUUUGUGUGGGAUUGUUUGACCUCAGGUGUUUUCUUCCUCUCUUCACUGCAACCAAAGGGGGCAUCUAGGAGAAAUCAUAACACUUACUGGGAUGAUUUGGUAACGCAUCAUGACACAUUGUGCGAAAUCCCGUCGUUUAUUUACCACGCAGACAUUUCGCCUAACGGAAUGCUUCGACGUGUGGGUGGAAAGCACCAACGACACAUUGCAGAUUUUGCGUUACACGCUGUGGAAGGACUUUGUGUGUUCUGACUUCAUUUUAUCGUGGCAUUACAGUUAUACUUUAAAUGCAUGCGGGUACUAAUCACAGAUAAUAUCUUGCAACACUGUCCUGAUGGUCGUUCUAGCACACAUGUGCUCUGGAGGGGACACGACCAAAAUAAUGACGUCUCCGGUUCCUUUUCACGCGGCAGAUGAAUCGAACAGGUCGGCGGUUUUCUCUGUACAAAAUGGAGCUCUUUUUAAAUUUCAUCUCCUGAGCCACGUCACACCUGUCGGGCCCGGAGAAUUUACCUGUAAACUUGUACAGUACUUCGAAAAAAUUUGCAUUUUCAUUUGAAAAUGAAAAUUACAUUUUUGAUACAUCGGUUUAAUUUUUGUAUCCUAAUUCCAGAGUAAGUUGUUAAAGAUGUUCAUAUGUGACAAACUUUCCUCUCUUCUAAGUUAUUUAUGUUCUUAUAUGUGCUAGUUGAACUGGAGUUUGCUUAUGAUACUUUUCUCCACCAUCAUCAAUGGUUAAAAACAAUUCAGUGUGAUGGAGUUAAUGUUACAUUCUCAUUUUGUCUUUGUUAUCCUGUGGCAUGGUUUGGGUAGAAGAGCUGAAGAAUAAUGCCUGUAAAUUUACUUUCUUUUUAAUUUCGUAGUCUUGGUAAAGUUUUAGAUAAACGUGCACUGAAAAUGUCCAAAUUGAGUUGAAAUGUUGUAGGUGAUGUAGGCCGAAAGAACACAAGAUUAAAAAGUAAUACUACUGUCUGAUUUUAAUGUUCACUGUGUUUUAUACAGUAUCGGAAAUUUUUGUUCACUUUGAACAUUUUUACUAAAAAAAAAAAAAUUUCAAAUUGUAUUGUGCAAAGAGAUGUAAUUUUUGGAGUACUUGAAAUGCAUUAAUUAAAAGACUCGUUCAAAAUAAAA